AUGUCAACAGGGGGUGACGCUUCGUCAUUCACUUUACAAGGCUUGUGCAGCAUGAUGCAUUCUCCACAUGCUUUGAUUUCAAAUACCAUUUCGACUGAGGCCAGUUUAUCCCAAGAGUCAGAACUACAUAUUUCGGAUAUGCCUAUGAUGGCAUUCGAGAAACAUCUCAUAACGCCGUAUAGUGACAGCCUUAUCAACAAAGAUGAUAGACGUAUUGCUAUCCCAAUAUUUUUUGGUGUACCGAUGAUUAUUUUGCGUGAGAAACACGAUAUCGAACUGGCUAACGGACGAAGUUUCAUUGAAGCGGAAGCUCCAGCACCGCAAAUGGUCAAAGCGCUUGUUGACCGCAUACUACUCAACUGUAUCUCAGAGUCUGACAUUAGAGCAGUUCUCGAGCGUAUGAAGCCAGUGGUGAUAUUUUACGCUAUUUUGGACUUGCUUAGACGACUUCCCGCCCCACUGUUGGCUCUUUCGCCAAAAUCUGCACAAAUUACAUCCAAAGUACUACUGAUUGGACCACUGCAUCCCUAUGGUUUUGUGAUCGAAGAGGAGUUAUAUUGCACUAUACUGCGUCAGCACGCUGAGCAAGGAGAGGACACCACUUCCCGGUUCAAACGAGCAAAGGAUAAGGCGAAUGAUAUGAUCCAACCAUUAAUACAAAAAUACUACAGCUGCGCUGAACCGGUACGACCGAAAAUAACCAGAAAGUUCAACAAGUUUAACAAGUGUAUCUACCACGACCUGCAUCUAAUUACCGACAUCGACCAACGCCAUCUUGCAAGAUUUAUAUUGCGAAAUGUGAUCUUCUUGACUCGACGCUACAAUAUCUGUAAAUUCAAUCAAUUACGUGAGCGGCGUGGUGAAAGAUGGCCUGUAGCAUACAUCACCAUUCGACCACAUAUUCUAGAGUACUCCAUUACACGAAUGGCAGAACUGGUUGGCCCAGUAGUGAUUAGCCAGCCGGGAGCGCCAGAAUAUUAUCCGGAUCUGGAAAAGCGUGCUAUGUUCAAUAUCCUUGCGAGCGGAAUGGAUCGUAUGUGGUUACCAAAUCAGAAACCUCAUGAUAUCAUUAUCAACAUGGAGCCAUCAUACUGUCAUCCAAACUGCGUCUGUGGUCGAGGACUAAAUCCCCUUGUCCGUUUCUCCUCGGUUCUUCCCUACAUUAAAAACUACAUGAACGACGUUGAAUUCCAGCUUAUUGACUCUCACCGUGACAGUAGACAGAACAAUAUUUGCAAGGUUGCGUUCCAAUGUGCCGCAGGUAAGGAAAGUAAAAAAAUGGAGCGCAUCACUCAUGAAGUUGCUGAAAGCUCUCCAACAGCCCACGAUCUUCUUGGGGCUCAUCAAACAUGCGCAGUCCCCCAGCUCUCGUCAACCGAGAUUGUACGCAAUUCGCGAAACAACGCUAAUUUGCAAACGGAUUUGGUUUUGAUGAGAGACUUAAAUGAGCCCUAG